GUCCGAACUACGGCCUGUAAAUAAAGCAGCCGUGCGUUCCAGGCAGGCAGCUUGUUUAUCACAAAAUAUUCGGUUUCGUCCCACAUUUCGCAACAACAUUGAAUUUGGGUACCAAAACGGGUGUGUCACUCGUUUCUUUGGGCACCAAGCUGACAGCUGACAUUUGGAUUGGAUUAGAGAAGACUUCGCAGUUCGCCCCGUCAGAAAAGCGAAAAGCUCCAAAAUCGAGAAGAUGGAGGCCCAGGAUAACAUCUUUCUGUUCGUCCCCAACUUGAUCGGUUAUGCCCGAAUCGUCCUGGCCCUUGUGGCAUUUGUGUUCAUGACAACAAAUUACAUCAUUGCCACCUGGUGCUACGUGCUCAGUGCAUUUUUGGAUGUAUUCGAUGGCUACUUUGCAAGGAAACUGAACCAAGGGACCAAAUUUGGAGCAAUGCUCGAUCAGUUGACUGACCGUUGUGGAACUACUGGGUUGUUGGUCACUCUGGCUUACCUCUACCCAAGUUACAUGUUCUUUUUCCAAGUCAGUAUUGCAAUUGACAUCUCUUGCCACUGGAUCUACCUUCAUUCCUCAACUCUGCAGGGCAAAACAAGCCAUAAAUUUAUUGAUAUGUCUGAAAAUCCUAUCAUGCAUCGAUACUACUCAGACCGCAAAGUUCUCUUCUUUAUGUGUGCUGGCAAUGAAGGUUUCUUUGCGAGUCUCUACCUUCUUUACUUCACAGAGGGGCCACUGCUGUUUGGCAUCAGUAUCCUGAAAGUGAUCUGUCUCCUUUCUUUCCCUGUCAUGUUGGUGAAGACCGGAAUCUCUCUGCUUCAUGGCUUUGUUGCAUCUCUCAACCUUGCCACCAUUGAUUUGAAGGAGCGUGAAGAAGCCAAGGCUAAAUCUCAGUAACUGUCUGGGCUUCUUCCACCUGUGCUCUCUUUUCUAGUACAGGUUGUCUGUUUAUUUCUUUGCAGCAAACCUUUAACUUUUGAGUAUCAAAGAAUACUCUUUCCUUAGCUGUGUGGGUAUAUAUUAAUUAGCUGUUACUAUCUGUGAAAAUACUUUUUAUCCUGUAAACCUAGUCCCAAUCUACUUUUUAAAUGUUUUUGUUUGAUCACUGUAACUUCGAUCUGAUAUUUUCUUUAAGACACUUUAUCAUCAUUGCCGAAUAAAAAUUCAAUGCCCUGUAUAAGAGAGGAAAACAACUGAAAGGGGUAAUAUUUUGAUGUGCUUUCUUCCCUGUGAGUUCAAGUAGUCAAUGAAUAUCAAGAAUAGUUGUUUCAUCCAACUGAUAGUAAAUUAACGCUUUUUUGUUAAAAAUUUUUGAAUUUUAUUUUAGACGCUUAUAGCAACAUUUAUUUUAAGCUAAUAAGAUGUGUGUAGUACCUGAAACUCAGGCUAAACUCCACUGUUUGUCUAGAUGAAAUCUGCUGCUCUACAAGAGUAUGAUUUUGUUUGAUUGACAUGCUUCAUGAAUUAAUUCAUAUACAUUUUCAAUGUUAUUAAAUGUCACAGUGUUUCAUUUUUAGUGGCUGUGUGUUGUGUAGAGUAAGUAGCCUGUUGUUCCAUUACUUCCAUUAGCAUGAUCAGUCUUUAUGUGUGCACUUCCAUCCCUCUGAAUGGAAGUCAGCAUUCCAUGAAAGCAUUUUUCUGCAGCUUGGUUCUCAUGCUUAGCCAAGUUGAUACUUAGAACAAGUACCUGUUCUUUUUAUACUGCUAUUGUGAGCUCCUCCUAUUUUAAGUUCUGAAAGGUGAGAAUUGGCAAUUUUAAUGUAUUAAAUUUAAGUUGCAACCAUUAAUCCAUUUAACUUCCAGUCUUGAGACCUUUGAAUGUAAGGUAUCAGUUGUUUGAACCAAGACCAAAGCUGAAAUUGCCCCCAUGACUUAAAGUGAUAGUUAUUUUCUGUUAUAUAAAUAACAAUGGAGUAGCUGUCCAUGUGUUGUGCAAUAGGUCUUUAAAUAAAUUGUUGCACUUUAUCUUUUCCCUUGUGAUAGCAAUCCAGCAUUCAUUUACUUUAUCAUGAUUCACUCAUACUGUUGUUGCUCAUGGCCUUCUUUUAAAUGCUUCAAGAUACCAGUUAUUGCAGAUUUUAUUUUCAAACCUUAAAUAUGGUGCCAAAGGGGCUAAAAAGUGCUAAUUUAUGUGAUUCUGAAUCAUUUAAUUUAAUUUCAAAUUUUGCUAAGUACAUCAUUGUCCAAUCAAUUGUGCUCAAUGGCCUGUCUUUUUACGUUGUUGUUCUUUCAGGUGCUAGAUGUGCAAUUUUUACGCUCUGUAUUAAGUUUUCCUACCUCUUGUUGUUUUAGAAUUAUCGAAUGUGUUUUUGGUUUCUUUGGUGUUUAGAGUUUGAAACCUGAAUUCUUCUAUCCAACUCUAGAUCUUGAGAGGGCCCUCAUCUCAUGUCUAGAUGUAGAAAAUUUGUGUCGUUUGCACUAACUAGGCAACAUUUUUGAAGCAGGGCCAAAUAUUUUUGAAUAAAGUUGUUGACUGUACUAAUUAUUCGAAUAAAAAGAAAUAAAACUUGUAGGGAAAAGUACCUACGGGUGAUUACA